AUGCCGUCAGUUUAUAAGCGUAAGCCUGGCUCUCGAGCUUACCGCACGCAUGUGUUCGCUGCAUCAAAAGAAUUUAAAAUACCGUAUGGUACAUUAUACAAUUAUUCUAAAGAAAAUCCAAUUCACGAAACAGGACGACCGGGAAGAAAACCUGCCUUAUCUGAAGAAGAGGAGAACACUUUAAUGGGACUACUAGAUGACAUAAAAAAUUUAAUCAACUUUCAACAUCAAGAAAAAAUUGGACCUAAGGAACUUCCAAGAGAUGUGGAGGAAGAUUUAAGGAAGGGCAGGAAACCAAGAUUACCCACAACAGGAAAAAAUGCAUAUCCAUUAAUUGAGGACACAGAUCACCCUAGAGUGGAUAUGGAUUUAAAUCAUAUGUUUCAAGAGAUUGAUAAAAUGUUUAAAGGUUUUAUGGGUAGUCAACCAAGCCUUGAAUUUCAUUUCGACACAAACAUGCCACUGGAUGGUGGACAUGAGGAGCAAAAAACAUUACGAGAAAAGAUGCUUGAUGGUGAGCAAGAUAAAACUUUGGAAAUGCAACCGUUCAAUCAGGAGAGAACUCAAGAUAUGAAUCAGCCGUUACUUAGCUUCCAUCCGUUUGCCAUGUUUCGUGAUUUUUUCAAUCCACAUUUUGGAUUCCAAAAUAUUGAUCGAGAAAAUGGACCGAUUGAAGACCAAGAUUUAGAUGACGCAGUUCGUAAAGGGGAUCACUCCCUUGAUGAUAUAUUUAAAUCUGACCCUCCUUCGCAAAGCAGAUCUUUGCUGGGGAACUUUAAUGACAGUGAUUUCAUUCCCAAGCAUGGUGGAGAAAUAUCCUCAGCAUUUAAAUAUUCAACAAUUCGGAAAAAAAUAAACUCAGAUGGUUCUAUUGAAACACGUGCAUCGAAACGAGAUUCGGAUGGAAACGAGGAGGUUGUGGUCACACGCUCUCUUGGACAACAAACUCACACUGUCGUAAAGAAAAAGAAUAAUAAAGGUGAAGAAGAAGAGACUGAAAAUUUUAUAAACAUGGAGCAAGAUGAGCUGAAUAAAUUUGAAGAAAAAUGGAAUGAAAAUAAAAAACAGGAACUGCACGAUCAAAUGCUAAUGCCGAAUUUGAACAAAAAUUGGAACGAUUAUUUUUCAUCUUGGUGGAAACCAAAAUUGUAACCUUAUAAUUGUAUAUUAUAAUUUUUGUGUGAAAUAAAAUCUUCUAUUUUAA